UGGCCUUACAUACAUAAUCAACUGAUACUGGGAUGUAGGACGCUUUGACCUGUUCCGGGAAAUUAAACUUUUUGGUUUAAUUAUUCAGGGGCUAGUCCUAAUAUUUACGGAGUAAGAGGGUGAUGGAGGCACCAUCUUCAGGUGAUCUUAUUGUAGAGGCUUCUCAUCGUGAUGUGUGGGAACGGCCACCUUUGGAUGUUCAACGGGCAAACUUAUCAUUGCAACAUGUGAGGGCACUUAAUACACAAUUUUCAAGUUGGAUCCAGUCACAACUGCAAAAUCAUCUUGAUGAAUUAUGGAUUGAUGGUGUCAAGGACUAUUUGUCUCAUGCUUCAAAUAUUUUGGAUGAAUUCAAGGAUAUUGUUGAGUGGCUUAGAGAAAAUGCUGCAAAUUCACGAAGUAACCUAUCUACAAGUUUGCCUAGUGGGGAGGGCAAGGCUGCUAAAACUCCCUCAACUAUCCUUGAAUCUCGAGAUGAAGUUGUGCCUCAUAAUUUUUCAUUGCCAAAAUCAAUAAGUGAACCCGCUCCUGUUUCACCUUGCAGCCAGGAAAACUCAAUUUUUGUAUCCACAGACACUGAAUCAAACACCAAUUUUGAUAGAAACCUUGUAUCUGACAAAAAUGCCAUGCCUCCAACUGUUUCAGUUCCGCAGACGUCAAGCUUGUUUUUCAGUACCCAAAGCAGGUUGAGCUCCAAUAUGAACAAUGAUUUAUCCAAGGAGACCUCAUCAACCAGUUUUCCAUUUAUGCAGAAUUCAAGCAUAUUUUCUAGUUCACAUAGUGGGGGUUUCUUUUCCACAAGUGUAACAAAAUCACCUAUCUUCCCUGGCGGUCAGAUUUCUGCUCCGCAGAGAGUAGAGACAGGGGAUGCACAUGAAGAACGUGAAUUGGAGCAGCCAAGCAGCCCUUCUCUCCAAAAGAUUGAAGAAAAGGGAGUUUCCAUUGUGCAUGAAGUUAAAUGCAAGGUCUACAUAAAGGACAGUACUGCUGAGAAUCAGUGGAAAGAUAUGGGCACAGGCCACCUCUCCAUCAAAUGCAAAGAGGGUUCCCCGAAGGCAACAAAAGACUCCAAACCAACCAUUAUUGUUCGGAAUGAUGUUGGAAGAAUUUUACUCAACGCUCUCAUAUAUCCUGGCAUUAAAGUGAACAUUCAAAAGACAUCCAUUGUCACAAUCUUUCACACUGCUGGUGGCGAACACGAAGAUGCAAGUCAAGUUGUCGCGCGCACAUACUUGCUAAGAUUGAAAUCCGUAGAAGACACCACAAAAUUGGCCGAAACAAUUCAAGAAUAUGCUCCAUCAGCAUGAGGUUUGAAUGCAUGCUUUCUCCUAAAUUCCUUUUCUCUCUAAAUUCACUUCAAUAAUCUAAUAUUUGUAGCGUUAAAUCAACUUAUUUCCCCCUACUUAAAAGAAACACAAUAGCGACAAGCUCUGAAAGCUUGGGAAGGAAUCUUCCUUCACGGGGGAGAUCUUCUCACUCCGGUACACAUUUCCUCUCUCCCCAUUUCUUUUUUUGUUUUUUCUUAUAAAUGUUACGACAUUAUU